UCUGUGCUCCCACCAGCCAGGCCAGGUCUCAGGCCGUUUACCAUGGGCGGCUGCUUCUCCAAGCCCAAGCCAGUGGAACUCAAGAUUGAAGUGGUGCUACCAGAGAAAGAGCGGGCCAAGGAGGAGCUGUCGGCCGGCGGAAAGGGCAGCCCCCGGGCUUACCAGGGCAAUGGCACAGCGCGCCACUUCCAUGCCGAAGAGCGCCUGCCCACCCCCCAGCCCUACCCCAGCCCUCAGGACUGUGUGGAGGCUACUGUCUGCCACGUCAAGGACCUGGAGAAUGGCCAGAUGCGGGAAGUGGAGCUGGGCUGGGGGAAGGUGUUGCUGGUGAAGGACAAUGGGGAAUUUCAUGCCCUGGGCCAUAAGUGUCCUCACUAUGGAGCACCCCUGGUGAAAGGUGUACUGUCCCGGGGCCGUGUGCGCUGCCCCUGGCAUGGUGCCUGCUUCAACAUCAGUACUGGGGACCUAGAGGACUUCCCAGGCCUGGACAGUCUACAUAAGUUCCAGGUGAAGAUUGAGAAGGAGAAGGUGACUGUCCGGGCAAGCAAGCAGGCCCUGCAGCUACAGCGACGGACAAAGGUGAUGGCCAAGUGCAUCUCUCCGAGCGCUGGCCACAGCAGCAGCACCAACGUGCUCAUAGUGGGUGCAGGUGCUGCCGGCCUGGUGUGUGCGGAGACCCUGAGGCAGGAGGGCUUCUCAGACCGGAUUGUCCUCUGCACCCUGGAUCGCCAUCUGCCCUAUGACCGGGCCAAGCUCAGCAAGUCCCUGGAUGCACAACCUGAACAGCUGGCCCUGAGACCCAAGGAAUUCUUCCGGGCCUAUGGUCUCGAGAUGCUCACUGAAGCCCAGGUGGUCACAGUGGAUGUGAGGAAUAAGAAGGUCGUGUUCAAGGACGGCUUCAAGCUGGAGUACAGCAAGCUGUUGCUGGCACCAGGCAGCAGCCCUAAGACCCUGAACUGCAAAGGCAAAGAUGUGGAGAACGUGUUCACCAUCCGCACACCUGAGGAUGCCAACCGCGUGGGGAGGCUGGCCCGCGGCCACAACGCCGUUGUUGUGGGAGCGGGCUUCCUGGGGAUGGAGGUGGCUGCCUAUCUGGCUGAGAAGGCCCACUCAGUGUCUGUGGUGGAGCUGGAGGAGACACCCUUCCGGAGGUUCCUGGGGGAACGUGUCGGUCGAGCCCUUAUGAAGAUGUUUGAAAACAACCGGGUGAAGUUCUAUAUGCAGACAGAGGUGCUGGAGCUGCGGGCUCAGGAGGGCAAGCUGCAGGAGGUGGUGCUGAAGAGCAGCAAGGUUCUGCGGGCAGAUGUCUGCGUGGUAGGCAUUGGUGCGGUGCCUGCCACAGGCUUCCUGAGGCAGAGUGGCAUUGGUCUGGAUUCCCGAGGUUUCAUCCCAGUCAACAAGAUGAUGCAGACCAACAUCCCAGGCGUGUUUGCUGCUGGUGAUGCCGUCACCUUCCCUCUGGCCUGGAGGAACAAUCGGAAAGUGAACAUCCCACACUGGCAGAUGGCCCAUGCCCAGGGGCGGGUAGCAGCUGAGAACAUGCUGGCACAGGAGGCGGAGAUCAACACGGUGCCCUAUCUGUGGACUGCCAUGUUUGGCAAGAGCCUCCGCUACGCGGGCUACGGAGAAGGCUUCGAUGAUGUCAUCAUUCAGGGGGAUCUGGAAGAGCUGAAGUUUGUGGCUUUUUACACCAAAGGUGAUGAAGUGAUUGCUGUGGCCAGCAUGAACUACGAUCCCAUCGUAUCCAAGGUGGCUGAGGUGCUGGCCUCAGGUCGAACCAUCCGGAAGCGGGAGGUGGAAACCGGUGACAUGUCUUGGCUCACAGGGAAAGGAUCCUGAGCUCUCACGUGGUGGACCUGGGCAGGCCUCUGGGGCACCAAGGUCAGAGACCAAGUCCUGGGGGCAAGUGCCAAUCUCCAAUUUCCCAGGAUCCCCCAGGGUGGAAUCUGAGUCUUCCCACGGCCUGCCUUCAACUGUCUGCCUCCCCUCCAGAGAGGCUCCUGCUGCCUCCAGAAGAUGGUCUAUUCCCAAGGCCUCAGCUGUCACUGACAGCUGGUUUUAGCAGGACAGGCUCUGCCUCUGUUUCCUCUCUUAGGACUAUCUUCCCAGCAAGACCCUGCAACAUUACCCUGAAAUUAAAACAUGUUUCUGCA